UUAACAUGGAUGUGGAGAAGGCCUUGAAGGAUUCUACUCAACACUCUGUUACAAUUUCACGGACGAAUCAUUCGAUGACAAUAAGGUGUAUCAGUGCUGAUGUGUCCGAUAAAAUCAAAAUGUUGGAUGCAGCCACCAUUGUGGGAAAGACCUCAGAGAAGCGUGAGCAUCUCUACAAAAUUCUCGUCAUCGGCGAACUUGGGACGGGAAAGACAAGUAUCAUUAAGCGUUAUGUGCAUCAGUUCUUCUCACAGCAUUAUCGAGCAACGAUAGGUGUAGACUUUGCAUUGAAGGUUGUCAAUUGGGAUGCAGACACUGUCAUCAGACUCCAGUUAUGGGAUAUAGCAGGUCAAGAGCGGUUCGGCAAUAUGACGAGAGUGUAUUACAAGGAAGCGGUUGGUGCUUUUAUAGUCUUUGACGUAACGCGAGCCUCAACGUUCGAGGCGGUCCAAAAAUGGAAGAAUGAUUUAGACAACAAAGUUCAACUCUCGGAUGGAAGUCCUGUGCCAUGUGUUUUAUUAGCAAAUAAGUGUGAUCAAGCUAAGGAAGGCCUAGUCAACAACUCUGCUCAAAUGGAUGAUUACUGCAAAGAGAAGGGCUUCGUCUCGUGGUUUGAGACGUCAGCAAAGGAAAACAUCAAUAUCGACGAAGCGGCGCGCUGCUUGGUCACGCAGAUUUUAUCCAAUGAUAAGAUGCAAUCCGGCAGUGAAGACGAAAGAGACGGCAACAUUAUUAGCCUCGGCAACGGAGCAGUACCGAAAGAAAAAGAAAAAGGAUCAGGGUGUUGCUGAUUGGGCAGAAAUUCAAGGACUAAGACGUGAUUGGUUAAAAAUCUGUGAGCCAUUGCUGAUUGGCUGGAGAAUCAAUACAAUGAAAGCUGAUUGGACCAAAUUUUUUUGGAAUGACAAUACUGGCAGCUGAUUGUUUCAAAAAUGAAUGCCGAUUCCUGAUUGGUUGAUAUUUUCUCGAGUGAUUUCUGAUUGGCCUAAAGCCUGAUAAAUGAGAAUGUGGGGAUAAUUGUGAUUGGAAUGUUUGACAACUGAAAACCACUUAAUAUAUCUGAUGAGCAUUGUAACAAUGAAGGGAAUAUCUGCAUUGGAGGAACGGUUGGUUUGAAUUUCUCGAUAAAGUUAGCUUUAAUAUCAGUGACUCUAGUGCCGUGUGAACAAAUGAUUUUAGUUCCUGCAAUCUGCUAUUAAGCAUGACAAAAAGCUCUCUCAUCUGUUGGCAAAACUGGUAAUUGCUGCGCCUGAUAUUGGUCACAGGUUGUGGAGAAUACUGUUUCUUGACGUAGGCUUCCGUCGCAACGGUCGGUCGGUCGGUCAGUCCUGAGUGUCUUCUGAUCACACCAUUUGUGUUAUGGUUCUGUCUCUUGUCUUUAUAUUUCAACUGUGCUACGGGUGCCAGGAGGUUUCAUACAUUUUCAAUUGUUUAAUUUUCUCAAUUUCGAGUAGUUUGUACUUACUUUGUACUUAGAAAUCAAUUUGGUGCCAUAAUAUUUGAUAUGAUUGACGUCGAAUGAGUUAAAACCACAGCAGCGGUAUUGGUACUGAAGAAAUGUGCCGUAUUCCUGAAAACCUGUUCGCAGAAUGUGUCGUUCGCUAAUCAUUGUUAAAGCUGUGCUUCCAUUGUGAAAAUACUCUGUGAAGUGUCACUGUAUUGUACUUAUGAUUUUGGUAAUUUUUGCUAUAGACUAAUUUUCUUUGAUAAUCGUAUACAUACAUGGAUAUACUCAAUUUUAUGAUGACAAAUGAGACUCAAUGGAAAUCCUUCUACCACUGAUGUCCCUUCCCUUUUUACGGAGAGUAUGUUUGUUGCGUGGAUGAGAAUGCUUGGGGAGUCAGUGCGCUGGCAGUCAGUAGUGUAUAGUUAGGCAGUUGUCAAGGUUAGUCAGUUGAGGGUAUAUUUUAAAACAGAUACAAGCAUUCAAUAAAGAGCUUGUUUACUCUUUCAGAUACCGCCUCCCAUUGCCUUCUGCAAUAAGAUGUGUGUUUUGAAAUACCCUGGUUUAUUUUACAAGGUUGCACUGCUCAGUGUAUGAUGUGCAUUGUUUGGUAGCAGUAGUUGUACCGUAUUGCUGAUUAUUCAAAAUGAGUAAUUCUCUUUCGGUUACAACAUGCACACAUGUUGUCCUAGUUAACAUGUAGUAGUAAUUAUUGUGGUGCUAUUGAUUCCAGGUAGGUUUGGGGGAGUUGGGAAAGGUAUAGAGUUUGAUUGUCUUUAAGACUGCAACAUCACCUUGAUAUGUCAGGGUUGAGGAUGAUGUGCAGUUGAGAGAUUUGGACGGAUCACCCUAGAGAUUUCGUUUCCCACCUUGCAGAGAAUUAUAUGCAUUCAGGCAGGUCUCCUCACUUACCGAGCUAGUUUUACCUUGGAAAGAUGCAUCAAUAAAAAUAGCCAAAAAGUCUGGUUACCAGUAGUCUUAUUAUACUGAUACAACAGAAGGCCAGAUCAGCAAGUAAGAAAGUUACCCGAUUCCCAGCUAGGUGGAAAACGGAUUCUCAAGGAUACUUAUAGUCUUAGGCAGAGAUUGUAAUAUUCAAUAAUUUGAAAUAAUUAUUAUGAUUUGUCAGGAAUCUGUAGAUAUUUAAUUGUAGUCAAGGCUGACACACAUAACAGGCUGUACAUAAUUUCAAUACAAUCUAUUUAAUAAGAAAUGAAGACUU